GUGGGUCAGGCUCUAGAUGAGGGGUGGUUACUAUUAUUCAUUCAUCAAACAUUAGCUGAGUGCUUACUGGGUGCUAGGCAGUGCCUAGAGCUGGAGAUUGAAUGGUGAAUACACUAUAUUACCCUGAUUCCUGAGGAGGCCAUCUGGGGAGAAGGAUGUAGGUGCCUGUCUUCCUUUCUCUUCUGGAGGACUCAACUCUCUUGAGCAACCCUGGCAAUGACCUGCCUCUGUGGGUCCCAGGAGAGGCCAAGACAUUGUCAGGGAGAUGGAGAAACUAUUUCUUCAGUUGCACAUAAGGUGGACUUUGCCCACUGCCCAGCAAGCCCUGUGAGGCAACAGCAGUAGGUGUGAGGCAAGCCUGAGCCCACAUCCGGGCAGGCGGCUGUGAUGGGCGGGUCAGGAAGGCUCCUGUUUGGAUCUUUGCAUCAGGCCCAGGCUGGGCAUAAAGGAGGGACUUGCAGGUGGGGAGGAGGCCGACUGGGGACCAUGGAGACCCAGAGGGACAGCCCUUCCUUGGGGCGGUGGUCACUGUUGCUACUGCUGUUGGGCCUGGUUAUCACUCCGGCCACCCCCCAGACCCUUAGCUACGAGGAAGCUGUGCUCCGUGCUGUGGAUGGCUUCAACCAGCGGUCCUCAGAGAAGAAUCUCUACCGUCUCCUUCAGCAGGACUUACAGCCCGAGGGAGACGGGGAUCCAAAUACCCCGAAGCCUGUGAGUUUCAAAGUGAAGGAGACUGUGUGCCCCAAGACAACACAGAGGCCACUGGAGCAGUGUGAUUUCAAGGACAAUGGGCUGGUGAAGCAGUGUGAAGGGACAGUCAUCCUGGACCAGAACAGGGGCUACUUUGACAUCAACUGUGAUGCGAUUCUACAAGUCAGUAAAUUGGGCCAGCUGGGUGAGCUCAUCCAACGAGGUGGGCAGAAGAUUGGUGAGAAGAUUCAGAAUAUUGGCCAGAGAAUCCGUGACUUUUUUAGCAAUCUUCGCCCCAGGCAAGAGGCCUAAGGGUCUGCUUUUCCCUGGCUCAGGCUUCUGGACCCUGCAAAAUAAAUUUUUGUGAAAGCAA